AUGACACAAGACAGCGACACGUUGUGGCCGUGUUUUUUUUUGGAUCCUUCGUCCUUCGUCGAGGGCACGAUCCCGCAUAUCGGUCAGAUACGCAAAGACCACAGAACUGUCGCCCCAGUAGCUCACUACGCCGCCCCAGUCGUCAAGGCUAUUCACCAAGAAGUAUACCCAGACACCCACCCAGAAUACUCUUACCAAUACGGAGUCCAAGACGCUCACACCGGUGAUGUCAAGAACCAACAUGAAGAACGCGACGGAGAUGUUGUGAAGGGUUACUACACCUUGGUCCAACCUGAUGGUGUCAUCCGUACCGUCCACUAUACCGCUGACUCUCACAAUGGAUUCAAUGCUGAAGUAGAAUACAAAGGAGAACCAAUCGUACAAAAAGCCGUAGUAGCCAAGACCAUCGUUGCCGCUGCCCCAGUAUACAAAGCCUACCACGUACUUGAUCAAUUAAUAUUGUUAUUGAUUUAUAAUUUUAAUUAUAAAUNNUACUCCUCCCUCAGCGGUGCUCCAGUAGCUCACUAUGCUUCUGCCCCAGUAGCUGCUCACUACGCCGCCCCAGUUUCCGCUUACUACCACGCCCCAGCUAUUGUCAAGACCGUUACCCCAGUGACUCACUACGCCGCCCCAGUGGCUUCUCACUAUGCCGCCCCAGCUGUCGUUAAGACCGUUUCCCCAAUUUCCCACUAUGCCGCUCCAGUUGCUGCUUACCAUCACGCUCCUGCUCUCAUCAAGACUGUCGCCCCAGUAGCUCACUACGCCACCCCAGUUGUAAAGGCCGUCCAACAAGAAGUAUACCCAGAUACUCACCCACAAUACUCUUACCAAUACGGAGUCCAAGACGCUGUAACCGGUGAUGUCAAGAACCAACAUGAAGAACGUAACGGAGAUGUUGUCAAGGGAUACUACACCUUGGUUCAACCUGAUGGUGUCACCCGUACCGUCCAUUACUCUGCAGACUCCUACAACGGUUUCAACGCUGAAGUUGAAUACAAAGGAGAACCUAUUGUACAGAAAGCCGUAGUAGCCAAGACCAUCGUUGCCGCUGCCCCAGUAUACAAAGCCUACCAUCAUUAA